GUUUUAAGCUAAAGAACUAUGCUUUAGGGUUCUUGGAGUUUUUGGAUGAACAAGCCCGGGCAAGGCGGAGGAGGCGCUGCUGCUACCACGGCCGCCGCGGCAGCUGCGACGAUCCACCGGCAGCGAGCGCUACUGCAAAGAGCCGAUGCGGACAUCGCGAAUCUCAUCGACAAUUUCGCGCAUAUGCUCAAGGCCGCCAGGGUGAACGAUCCCGUGAGGAAUGCACAGGAGAACUUCCAGAUGGACAUCCAUGCUUCUAGAGUGGUCCAAGCAGCCGACUCGCUUCUCAAGCUUGUCUCGGAGCUCAAGCAAAACGCCGUCUUCUCGGAUUUCAUCUCGCUCAACGAGUGCAUCGCCGAGAGGGCCGCCAGAUUCGAGGAGCAAAACUCCGACACCGAGAGGCUCCUCUUGAGCGUCGGCGAGGAGCUGGGCGCGUCGCUGGUAGAGCUCGAAACGCUCUACUACAAAUCACUACAGAGACUAUCGCCGGCGGAGCAUCAGGCCCAGGAGUGACGAGGAAAAAAAAAGCUCGUCGCGUUUGUUUGUUUAUUACAGGGAUUUUGGACUCAAGUCACCACAGUCGUGAUCUUUUCAGCC